CAAUGAUUGUCCCUGAAGAUGAAAUCAUCCUCUAGUACUGUAAUUCCGGUGGACCCAUUGAGCAGACUUGUAGACCAAAUAGCACAUACUUUUUGUUUGAAAUCACCCAACUUUCUGAAAAUAAGCAAGGCUCUUCGAUAUGGCGACUUGUGGCUUUCAUCAGAGCAACUUUGUUCGAGUGAAGCCACUGGAAAUAGUCAGCUUAUUCAGCAUGUAAAGAGGGAUUGCAUACCACAACAAAUUUUUCUCAAUCGUUCUUUCGUAAUACACUUGUUAUUACCUGAAAUAAUACCCGAUGGGGUUCAUCUGUUGCCGUGGUCAUCCUACCUCAAGAUCCAACGGGAGUGUUCGAUUGGCAUAGUCUGUGUGGUACAACAAGACUUUCAACACCUUGGUGAACUUCGCAGUUUAUUAUUUGCGAGCUGUGCUUAUUCUCUGUUAUCGCAAGUUGGAGUAUCUACCCGUUUUUAUAUUUAUAUGACUCCAGUGGAAGCAGCUAGUCUUGUUGAGAAAGUGUCAUCUUUUUCUAAUCUUUUCCGUUCACUUGGAGAAGCCCUAUCCCAACAAGCAACUGCAGUUUAUCGUGAGCCUUUGGAAUGGCCAGCAGUUGAACUCCUUAACCGAUAUUAUGAUAGCAAGAGGCAGAUGUUUUGUCUUUCUUUGUUAUCUCAGUAUCAUCCGUUGCCGAGUUGGUGUUAUCCUUUACAAGAUUGGUAUGCUCCUAUGAAUUCCUAUAGAUAUCGAAUGUUUGGUUAUCUCUAUCAUCUUCUUGCUACUCAGAUGGAUGUGGAUCGCAUGUUAUUAUUUACCAGUCCUCAACAAACUCAUCUCAUGAAACAAAGUAUGCUAGCUGCAGCAUUGUAUCAACCAUUUGCUUCUCCUAUCAUCUUGUUAGACAAGAUAAAAUGGAUUCCGUGUGGAGCGACAUAUGAUCAUCUCGACGAAUGUACCGAUAGUCAUGUGGGCAACGAAAACACAGAUUGUGCAUUUUGAGUCAUCCCACUCAUCUUUUCUGUCCUAUGCAUUCCCAUCAUUCUUUUGUUGUGGAUAAAUGGUUGUAUCAAUAU